AUGCCCCCCUCACCCAUCGACGUCUCCUCCCUCGUCACCGAAUCCAAACUCAGCCCCGACAUCCAAGCCAGACUCUCUCCCCUGCUUGAUGCCGCCAUAACCAACAACAGCGCCGACACCACCAGCAGCAGCACAGACGUCAUCGAGGCCGCAGCCGCCGCCGCCAUCGACGAAGCGUGUCCCCGCAACGAAGACGCAGAGAGCUUCCUCUGGCCACUAUGGACUCUCCUCAUUGACAUCUCCAAGCGCAUCCCCCUCAACGACGACGGCGGCGACGACGAGCGCAUAAAUAGCCUCGUUGGCAUCGUCGCGAGCCUCAAGGCCAAGCAGGGCGGAACCGUCGACAUCUGGGGGUCGUCGCAUGACUUGUGGAGCGACUUGCCGCUCUUUGGCGCCGUCAUGAGAGAGGAGUGGAAUGGCAGCCCAGACUUCGACAGCUCACCAGAAGACGCCGCCAAAAUCGCCCAGUGGCUGUCCCUCAACUCCUUCGCCGCCCGCCUCCUCGGCGCCUCGGCCCAGUCAUGGACGAAUUUCGCCCUGUGGGAGCUCCGCGACGGGCUGGAAGAGCCUCUGCCAAAUGGCCAUGCUAGGGACACACGCUUGUUAACCGCAUCGGAGUGGAUUAUUCACGCCGGCAGGGUGCUGUACGACGAGGUGCGGAACAACGUCCAGCUCAAUGAGCAGGAAGCUCGGGCCUUGAGACCUGGUUCGCUUUUGGAGGGGGGCAGCUCGGGAUUUAACGAGCAGAGAUGGACGUUUUGGAAGAAGAGGCUGCAAGAGCUGAGCGCGGGUGCGAGUGACACGGCCAAGGCGAGGACCCAGAAGGCGUUGGAGGUGAUGGAUAGUCUGGAGGCAUAG